AUGAACACUUGUGACUAUGCCUUCGCCCACACCUGCCUUUCGUGUCUAGCCAUCAGAAGGCCAGCGCGUUGCAAGUGGACAGCCGCCCUAGAUCACCGCUCCGUGAUGCAUUGUAGGGCGUGGCAUGAAGUGAUGCGGGUGAUGGUGGUGGUGGAGGCACUGCUGCUGGUGGCGGGGAUGCAUUGGCUGGUCUCCUGCAGAGCCCGGUGUGCGCCUGGCAGAGGCGGUAUGAUGGAAGAGGAGCCUAUGGACUCGUCUUGGCCGCCGGUGUACCUGGUGACACCAACCUACCGCCGCACCGCCCAGAUGGCUGACUUGACCCGCCUGGCUCAGACCCUCAUGCUGGUGCCCGGCCUGCACUGGGUGGUGGUGGAGGAUGCCGAGGUGAGGAGCGAGGCAGUGGCUGAACUUCUGGAUCGGACAGGUCUCCGGUACACCCACCUGGCCGCCACCAAGCCACCUAACUUCAAGAAGAAGUUUUUGGGUCGCGGCGUCUUCAACAGACGCGAGGGGCUGCGCUGGCUGAGGCAGCACGCGACGGAGGGCGUUCUUUAUUUCGCUGACGACGACAACACCUACGAUGUCCGGAUCUUCCAUGAGAUUCGGCGGACCCAGCGGGUAUCGGUGUUCCCAGUAGGCAUGAUUCUGCAGCUGGGCAUUAGUUCCCCCGUGGUGCGCAACGGAAAGGUGGUGAAAUUCCACGACGGCUUUCAGGCAGGGAGGAAGUUCGCCCUGGACAUGGCUGGCUUUGCGGUGAACCUGCGGGUGCUGCACGCCAACCCUCAGGCCACCAUGCCGGAACGACUAACAUUCUUGGAGGAUGGCUUCCUUAAGCAACUCCAUCUCGAGCUGGAAGACCUGGAGCCCCUUGCGUCAGGCUGUACGGAGGUGUUGGUGUGGCACACGAGGACACAAUCUUCCCCCACACCGUUACUGGAAAACCUAUCCAAGGAAGACAUGGACACCAACUUGAUCACGCUGUACCGCAACAUGCUCCGCUGACCCACGCUCCUCUAUCUUCCUCUCUGCUCAUCACGCUCUCUCAGCUCACUGAACGUGCACAUAACGCGCAUCUUAGCCAGAGUUCGUUACUUUGUCUUAUGCGACUCAUCCGUGUGUGUGUGAGGGGGGAGGGGGAGUGUGUGUGUGUGUGUGUGUGUGUGUGUGUGUGUGUGUGUGUGUGUGUGUGUGUGUGUGUGUGUGUGUGUGUGUGUGUGUGUGUGUGUGUGGGUGGGUGGGUGCAGGCAUGCAGGUCUUAAAUAAAAACCGAAUGAAGAUAAGAGUUGAAAUACACUGGAAUGGAAAUAUAAGUGCACUACAGUUACUUCGAAUGUAAACAAAAAAUAAAAAACGAACGAAAAAAAUUUAUUCCAGCAUUCAUGAAUAUUCUAUAGGUGAAGGAAAGGUGUCUCCUGGCCUCAGGUGAGUGUGUCAUCAGGUGUGGCUUUACGAAAAGUAUCGAUAUUGUCACUGGCUAAGAAACUUGUCCUGGAUGAUGCUGUAACUAUGCUGACCAACUGUUUUCUAAAGGCUCGCUACAACAGAAACUGAGUAUGGUUCAUUUGUGAGUUUAGCCUCUUUCAAAUUCAUUACGCAGGUUUCACUUCUAUUAUUUUCCUGUUGUUAGAAUACUGAACAUCAUUUAGAUGUGUAACACUAGGAUGUUGUACAGCUGAUCGAAAUUCUACUAUAAUUCUUAUAGUGUUAAAGAACGGUGAAAAUUAAUUAUUUCUUUAACUUUACAGAAAAAAACCACUAUGAAGUAUAAAUGUACUAUUCAUUCAUUAAUAUUUCAAAUAAGCAUUCUUUAUCCAAGUAUAGGGAAGAGAAAUUCGGAUGCAGUUAUUUUUAACUGACUGGAAUGUCCUGCAAUGUUGCAUCAAAGAAUACUGAAAUAGCAGCAUCAAAUAUUUACAUUGCCUUUCUCAUAUAAUUAAAUAUUGAAAACACGAAUUUUCUUCUAUUCU